AGUGUAGAUAUACAUGUAACAGAAUUAACACGUCUCAUAUUUUUCGUAAAUUAAAAAAAAUGUUUUAAUGGAACAUAGUGUAUGUUAAAUACGUAAAAUAUUAAAAUAUAGACAAGUGUCCGCAUUUUAAUUAUUCGUCUUACUAGACUACUUUUAAUGUGAAAAUACUAUGGAAGCCAACAAUAACAUUAGGCGGCAACUAUUAACUGUUUUUUGUACAUAUAUAGGUCAAAUGUCAAUAGGCUAUGCACUGGGCUGGACGUCGGCGAUAUUACCGAAGCUUGAAGAUGAAGAUCAAUCUCCACUACAAAGUCUCCUUUCGGAGUCAGAAGCAUCUUUAAUAGGUUCUUUAAUAUACGUAGGUGCGAUGACAGCUCCUAUCAUAACAACAAAUCUUGCAAAUACUAAGGGCCGCAAGCCGUGCUUAAUACUCAGUGGAAUUUUAAAUAUACUGGCUUAUAUUUUACUUGCCCUGUCAACAAAUUUAGCAAUGAUAUUUGUUGGGAGAGUGAUAGUGGGCAGUGCAGUGGGGACGCUUUUGAUAAUGAAUGUGGUGUACAUUGGGGAAAUUGCAUCAACAAAAAUAAGAGGAAUCUUGUUGAGCGGUGCAGGAGUAGCAAUGACAGCUGGUACUAUAUUAACUUACUCUACAGGACCCUUCAUAACGUAUGCUGCUACUGCUUACUUGGGAUUGAUACUGAGCUUAUGCUUUCUUUUAAGUUUAUAUUUCAUUCCAGAAUCACCAAUAUUUUAUGUGUUACGAGGUGAUGACUCAAAAGCUAAGGAAGUCCUACAAACUCUAGGUAGAGUACAAGAGAUGGAUGUCGUUUUGACAAGUAAAGAAUAUGAAACAAAUUAUUUCAAGCAAGAAUGGAAAAUUCUUUUCACAGUGAAAGAUAACAGAAGGGCUCUAUUUAUUACGGCAUCUUUGCAAAUUUUGCAAGAAGCUAGUGGGAUUUUAGCGGUGGUAUUUUUUUCCACAAAUAUAUUUAAAUUAGCAAGUUCAUCCAUAGCGCCGGAUAUAGCUACAAUAAUCAUAGGUAUGACACAAUUAGUUGGCAGUUUAAUCGCGCCUUUGAUUAUAGAAAAAUCUAGAAGAAUUUUAUUAUUACUUUCAACUGCACUUUGCUCCUUAAGUUUAGCGUUAUUAGGUGCUUACUUUUACUUGGAUGGCUUAGAUUAUGAAUUUAUUACAAAAAUUCAAUGGCUACCAUUGGCAACCCUCAUUUUGUACUUUUUGGCGUAUAAUAUGGGUUUCAGUGUCAUCCCAUCAACACUUGCUGGAGAAAUGUUUCAAUUGAAUGUAAGAAAUGUAGGUUCAACUUUUGUCAUAUUUUGUGGGUGGCUGUGUGGCUUCGGAGUUACAUCUGCCUUUGGUUAUAUGGUCACUGAGCUUGGAGGCGAUAUAACUUUUUGGAUAUUCUCUGGGACGUGUGCGAUAGCAUUCUUUUUUACGAUCUUCUACGUGCCUGAGACAAAGGGCCAAACGUUGACUCAGAUCCAAAAGAUGCUGAGCGAACGCUACUGAAAAACAAUCACCAAAAAUCAACAAACUUUUAGCAAUCACUGCAGUAUUAAGCAUAGUGAGGUCCGUUUGUACAAUGAGCCACAGCACAUGGAACAGAAAUAAACAGUAGCACUAAUGAAAAUAUUUUUGGUAAACUUAUUAAACCGAACAUCCCGUGUC